UGAUCAGCAAAGUUACUGUACUGCAGGGGAGCCCAUUAGGAGACCGGAAGUCGCUAAGUUGGUGCCAUGGAAACUCACAUCGUUUCCACGACGAAAGCUCUCCUGCAGCUUUCGUCGUCACGGAGAUUCGCCCACACCCUUCAGAGCGCAGAAUCUUUUCCCAUGAGCUGCGAAGGCUGUGUGCGUCGGUGUUUGAGAGGGUUGUCGCAGUGCAGCAGCUUCAGGACUCUGAAUCCUCGCCGAAAUUCCAGUCGAGUGGCCGUUUUCAGAAAUUCGAAUCCUGUCACUCGCGUAGUCAGCUUAUGGAAAUCUUUUGGAGACGGUGAAAGUCUUGUCGGUGAAUUUUCUGAGUCUUCGAGGCUUAGACGCAAUUCGGCAUUUUCCAGUCAUGACCGCACGAAACGCCAUGGAUUCUGGAACUUUGACAUCACCAGGAGUUCUACGACUUCCAAUUUAACUUCUGCCACUAAUCCUCACAUUCCGACCACGGACGUUGAGAAUCCGUGCGAACCCUUCCAGAGGCUAGAAAACUUUUACGACGACCAUCUGUUCGUAUUUCCGGAGGAAAAUUGGGAUGUGGACGCACAGGACGCAUCAAAUUCACUUAAGGUGCAUUUGGACACAUUGAAGACCGCAGCGCAAGUUGAGGACGGCUCUACAGUGCUAUGUUGGGGUGGAAGUCCAGCUCUGAUCCACCUGCUUUCUAUUACCUGCCCAGAUUCACUGGUGGUAAGCCAUUGUUCACUAUCGGUGCUGGCUAUGAUUAAGGAAUCGAACGAUGAUAUCGUCUGCUGGCAUGGCGACAUAGCUGACAUACCGAGCUCUUACGGACCUUUCGAUUCUGUGUUCCUCAACUCUUUGCCUGCUCUUCAUGCAUCCCCUGUGCAACUACUCAAGGCGACCGCUCGUCUGUGCAAACCUGGUGGGAGAAUUGUCAUCAGUAAUAGCGAGGGACAGAAAAGCCUCGCAGCAUGUCGUGAAAAGAAUCCACAAGUUGUACUUCAGGAUCUUCCUAGUGCAUCAGCUUUAGAAAGGAUGAUUGAUGGACUGCCUCUGAAAGUCGUCCAGAUCCAGGAUGGAUCCUCCUACAUUGCAGCCCUUGAGGUGACAAGUCCAGUGCACAUCUCUUCUUCGGAUUUGAACGGUAGUGUGUAUUCUUCAGACACAACCAAAUCAAAGAUGAGAGGUGACAGAACGUUUGAUCUCGUUCCCAAGUAUCCAAUACGAGUGAGAGGACAUGUUGUUAAAGGUUUUGGUCGAGGAAGCAAGCAAAUGGGCAUACCUACCGCCAAUAUUGAUCCAAAUGAAGUGCCAGAUGAAGUUCUUCAGAUGUCCAAAGGUGUCUAUUGUGGGUGGGCCCAAGUCCUCGGUGAAAAUCUUGAUGCUGGAGUGCACAUAAUGGCUAUGAAUAUAGGAAACCGACCCACUUUUGCUGAUGCUGAUGGUGUAACAGUGGAAGUACACAUACUCCACAAUUAUGGAGAUGUCGAUUUCUACGGCAAGGAGAUGAGAUUCGUAAUCUUAGGAUUUAUUCGCGAGGAAAUGGAGUUUAAAAGUCUUGGGGAACUUGUGGAGAGAAUACAUGCUGAUAUAGAAAUCGCAAGGAAGGGUCUAGAAGACGAUGACAUGCAACACUUCGCAACCGAUGAGGUUUUCGUCAGGAGAUGACACUGUAGGAUUUUAAGGUAGAAGACAUUAAUGGAGAUUAGGAAAAAGAGCGUGUAUAUAUUUUUUAUUUUCUUAACGGUGACUUCAACGAGUUGAACUCGGUUAGCGUCACCGGGAAGUGUAACGGAACUAGAUUCAGAUUGUGAGGGCUAUAAGGGCAAUUCUCGACGGCAUAGUCCAGAGAGCCGAUUUCAUCAAUGUUUAUGAGCAGUCAGUCAUAGAAAUACGAAAUUCAGUAAUUAAUCUGCUCGAAGUGUCAUGUAUACGAAGUGGAGGACUCCUGGGCUGAAGAUUAGAGCCUACUUAACGCUUUCUUACUACGACCUGUCUGUUGAGAUUGUCAUCUUGUACUCUGACUACUGAUAAUUAUAACUAUCCGAUUUCCCUGACCU